UAAGAAAACGAAGAUGAGCGAAGAAGAAGGAAGAAAGGACGGCGUUUCGGAACCAGGCCACGACCUGUUUCAGAUAGCAGUUAACGGAUAACCUGGAAAUUGAAUACUGUGAUUUCAUCUCCUAUCAAAGAGAGGUCCAACGAGACGAGUGUCGUCAACAGCACAUUCUUCGUGAUAUUUUGACUUUGGCACUCAUUCAUCCUUUUUAAACGGACCAUGGCUGAUGAUUUUGAUGUCGAGGCUAUGCUGGAGGCUCCGUACAGAAAGGAUGAGAACAAGUCCUCUCAUGCAAACGGACAUGAAGAACAGAGCAAGAACAGUGUUGUAACUUUUUCCAGGAAACGAAAGAGCAGGAGUCGGAGCCGAAGCCCAGGCUCUCGGAAGAGAAGGAGCAGAAGCAAAGACCGAAAGAAGAGCAGGAAGAGGAGCAAAAGUAGAGAAAGAAAGCGAAGCCGUAGCAAAGAGCGCCAUCGCAGCCGCUCCCGAAGCAAAGAACGCACCGGGCGGUACAAAGCACGCAGGAGCCCCUUCCGGAAGCGUUCCAAAAGUCGAAGCCCUUUUAAAAAAGAGAAAAGUCCCAUCAGGCAACCGAUUGACAAUCUGACACCAGAGGAGAGGGACGCACGCACAGUCUUCUGCAUGCAGCUGGCUGCUAGAAUCCGAGCUCGAGACCUGGAGGAUUUCUUUUCAGCUGUUGGAAAAGUAAGAGAUGUGAGAAUGAUCUCUGACAGAAAUUCCAGGAGGUCGAAGGGCAUUGCAUACAUUGAGUUUGUGGAGGCUGCUUCUGUACCGCUGGCGAUCGGGCUGACUGGCCAGAGGCUUCUGGGGGUGCCCAUCAUUGUCCAGGCUUCUCAGGCAGAGAAAAACAGAGCUGCUGCAGCUGCCAAUAAUCUGCAGAAGGGCAGUUCAGGCCCAAUGCGACUCUACGUGGGCUCGCUGCACUUCAACAUUACAGAAGAAAUGCUCAGAGGAAUCUUUGAGCCUUUUGGAAAGAUCGAGGGCAUCCAGCUGAUGAUGGACAGUGAAACCGGGCGCUCCAAAGGUUAUGGCUUCAUAUCGUUUGCAGAUGCAGAGUGUGCAAAGAAGGCCCUGGAACAGCUCAACGGCUUUGAGCUUGCUGGACGUCCGAUGAAGGUGGGGCACGUCACUGAGCGGUCAGACUCGUCCACAGCCAGCUCCUUCCUGGACAACGAUGAGCUGGAGAGGACUGGCAUUGACCUUGGCACCACAGGGCGCCUGCAGCUCAUGGCAAGACUAGCGGAAGGAACGGGCCUGAAGAUUCCCCCCGCUGCCCAGCAGGCUCUACAGAUGACUGGUUCCAUAUCGUUUGGAAAUAUGGCAGCUCCAAGUGUUCCAACUCCAGCUCCAAGUCAAGCCCUGAACCUGCCGUCACAGCCGCUGGCUACACACUGUCUUCAGCUGUCCAACCUUUUCAACCCACAAUCGGAAAACGAUCCAUCCUGGGCUAUUGAGAUCCAAGAUGAUGUCAUUGAAGAGUGCAACAAGCACGGGGGAGUUGUGCACAUUUACGUCGACAAGAAUUCCACUCAAGGUAACGUGUACGUCAAGUGUCCCUCCAUACCAGCAGCUAUGGCAACCGUAAAUGCACUGCAUGGACGCUGGUUUGCAGGCAAAAUGAUAACGGCUGCCUAUGUUCCUUUACCAACCUACCACAACCUCUUCCCAGAUUCGGUAACAGCAAAGCACCUCCUGAUGCCGUCACGUCGAUAGUCUGACACCUGCUCAAUAUGAAAAGAAUCUGUGUACAUACAUUUUGUUUGAAUUGUCAUUGGAAAAUGAUACAUUGAGGUUAGUUACCUGUGUGUAAUAAAAGUUGAUUGAGUUCAUGUGUUCAGC